ACCAGGCAGUCCGAUUCAGCAUUGAUAGGCUCCGGAUCGUUCAGUCGUACUCGCGCCGUCGUGCUGGCAUUACCACAUUCAACUCGUCUCUCCAGCUUAUACACGGUGAAAUUGUAAACAAAUUGUGACUUUGAAAUUAUCUAAACCGUGUGCGUACGCGUGGCAGAUCGCAACGAUCUAACGCUAAUCAUAAGUAGCAAAUUACUUUCUCACACACGCACGCAUACAUAUGAUUGCUGCAAAUAAGCUGAAUAAUUGGAUAAUUCUAUAAAACAGUUGCACUGCAAAUUGUUGUAGCUUUGUAUAUUCAUAAAAAAUCAUUAUUAAUACAUUCAUAAAAAACUAGCGAGAUGUACAAAAAGAAGCUGCAGGCGAUUUCAAGGCUCGCAAGCAAGCGCAUCCUUGCCACUAAUGGCCACCUUUCUCGCUUUCAAAUGCGUUGCUUAUCUACUCAGAUUCAAGCGGCUGUCAAAGAGCAUCAGUUUCACCCCGCGCACUUGCAUUAUAUAGGCAAGCAUCCUUUGGUAUAUCGCAGUGUUGGCCAGGAACUGGAACGUGCUGUUGCCGAAUAUGGCAGUACGGAGUCCAUUGUUUCGUGUCACGAACAAAAGCGCUACACAUUCCGCAGUCUCAUUGAGGAUGUCGAUCGUGUUGCCGCCGGCCUAUUGAAACUCGGUCUGCAGCAAGGCGAUAAUGUGGGGAUUUGGGCCCCCAACAAUAUACACUGGUAUGUAGCAAUGUUGGGAGCAGCACGCGCUGGUAUGGUGUCGGUAGGCAUAAAUCCCGCCUUCCAAGGUCCCGAAGUUGAAUACUGUCUGAAGAAGGUAAAAGUAAAAGCAAUAAUAAUGCCGGAGAGCUUUAAGACACAAAACUACUAUGAAAUUAUAAAAGGUAUUUGUCCGGAAUUACCGCAUAGUGUUGAUGGCCGCAUAAAGAGUGCCAACUUGCCUCAUCUAAAGCAUGUUGUUGUUGACACCCCCAAUAAAUUGAAAGGCGCGCUUACUUUCGACGACUUGCUCGGUUUAAGCAACCCAGCAGAAAGGGUUGAUGUCACUAAACUCCAGCGGUAUAUUGUACCAGAUAGUGCAUGCAAUAUACAGUUCACUUCCGGUACCACGGGCCAACCGAAGGCGGCUGUAAUUUCACAUUACAACUUCGUUAACAACGGCAUACACAUCGGCAAUCGUAAUCAAUACGACAGUUAUUCGCGCAUUUGUGUGCAGGUUCCGCUCUUCCAUGCUUACGGUGUCGUCAUCACCAUUAUGGCCGCAAUGUCACAUGGAAGUGCCUUGAUAUUACCAGCAGCAGGCUUUAAUCCUGCUUCCUCGUUACAUGCCAUUGUUGACGAAAAGUGCACCGUUAUCCAUGGUACACCCACGAUGUAUGUUGAUCUCAUUAAGAAACAACGGGAGCUAAAUCUGCCACUGAAGACAGCCAAAAUGGCCAUCACUGGUGGGGCACCGUGUUCGCCGCAACUAUUUUUGGACAUUAAAAAUGUUUUAGGCUUAGAGCAUGUACGUACGGUGUUCGGUAUGACCGAGACAACGGCCGUUAUUUUUCAGUCCCGCCCUGAUGAUAGCACGGACCAAAUCUUAAAUACUGUCGGACAUCUGCAGGACCACGUCGAAGCGAAGGUGAUUGACGAUCAGGGCAAAACCGUGGCAUUCGGCGAGCGUGGUGAACUGUGCAUUCGCGGAUAUGCGACGAUGCUGGGUUACUAUGACGACGAAGAGAAAACCAAAGAGACCAUCGGCAGAGAUAAGUGGCUCAGAACUGGCGAUCAGUUCAUUUUACAAGCAGAUGGUUACGGCCGCAUUGUAGGACGCCUGAAGGAGAUGAUCAUACGCGGAGGAGAGAACAUAUUUCCGAAGGAAAUUGAAGACUUUCUCAACACUCACCCGGACAUCUGCGAAACUCAUGUGAUUGGCGUGCCUUGUGAGAGAAUGGGUGAGGAAGUAUGCGCCUUCGUGCGUUUGCACGAUGGCCUGCCGAAGAUGUCGCGUCAAGAUAUUAAGGAUUUUUGCCAGGGGAAACUGGCACACUUUAAAGUACCGCGUUAUUUGGUAACCGUUAGUGAUUUUCCAAAGACUACUUCCGGCAAAAUACAGAAGUUCAAACUCGCCGAAAUAUAUAAGAAAGAGCAUAUGACGCAAUAAAAUUGGCGGGGAUGUAGAGGUUAAAGAUUUCUACAAAAUAAUGCAUUUAUUAUUGGAUAGCUUUUAUACACUAUUUAAUAAAUUAUAACUAUAAUGACGCAAGA